ACGCAGGCCGGGUCCGCAACAAUUUGGCUCAAGCCCGUGUAGAAGUUUGCCAGGUUCGGCGCUUGCAGCAGCUUCCGAGGAGGAGGAGGUGGAGGAGAAGGAGGGGGACCGAUGGCACAGGGCUUUUUCACUGUCCUCAACAGCGCGCGGCAAGAAGACGACGCGGAGGGGCGGCCGCUGUGGAGCCCGAGCAAGGACACGUCGCGGGCGCGCAUGCAGGAGGAGGUGGAGGUGGCGGAGAUCAGUCGUCUGAGCACCCUGGUGGACGUGCUGCGCUCCGACCUGAGCCGCCUCGAGGGGGUCGUGGCGGAGUGCCGCAUGGACAACUCCAGGACGCUGGCAGAGGUCCUGCGGAGGCAGGAGGAGCUGAUCCAGAGCGGCACGGCGCUGGACAACCUGGCGGUCCACGACCCUCGGCAGAUCACCCUGCUGGAGGAGCUGAUCCAAGACCAGGUCAGGCAGGAGAGGCGGGCCCGCGCCGGGGAGCUGGCGGAGGUGCGCAGGUGGGCCGUGGAGCUGGUGCACGGCUGCAUGCCGCCGCCCAGCACCGGCGGCGGGGGCAGCCGCAGCUCCGCGGGCAGCCGCUGCUCCGCGUCGCAGCCGUCCAGCGGCGGCGGCGCGGGCGCCCGGCGGCCGGCGGCCAGCAGGGCCAGCACUCCCCUGGACACCGCGGAGAGCACCGCCUGCUCCGCAUCCGACGGCAGCUUGGGGGCGGAAGAGUUGCCGAUAUGGCUGCUUCGCGAGUAAUGGGAGCCUCGUAUAUCGUCGCAGUUCCGUCCCUGGAGUCGCUAACGUCGAUUAGAGUAUGGUUAUCGACGAGAUGGCGAUGAUUAGCGUCGACUAGUGCCGAUCCGCAGGAGUCAGCAAGAUGGUAUGGGGGGCCCCCAUGAGUUGCCGCAGAAUGCUGCUCGCCCUGGAGACCCCUCGCCGCUGCGGCUGGGUCCACCUCGGAAUUCUGGUCAGAGCGCACCCCAGGAGAGGUCCAGGGAGUGGCGGUAUCGGUACCUGUUUGCCCCCUCAUCACAGAAGAGAAACGUGUAUCAACAUCAACCUUCGGAGCUGCAUGCGGACUUCUCGGGUCGGCGCCUCCGGCGCCGCCCCUGGCACGCUUUGCGCGCCAGGCAGGGGGCGGUCCAGCGCGCCGAUGCUAAUCUGCGCGGGCUUCAGAAAGUUUUUGAUUAUGCAGUUUUCUGUUCUUGGGCAUCAGCAGUGAUGUUCGCUUCGGUGUGGCGACUAUGAAGGUCCAUCUGGCAGAGCUGCAGGACGAGUUCGCGCUCAGCCAGGAGCGCCUCGGCACGCUCGCGAAGCGCGUGGCGGCGCUGGAGCAGGGAGCGGGCGAGCGCGAGGUGUCCACCUGCUGGGCCCCGUCGAGGGCCCUGCGGCCCGCAGAAUUCGGCCAUCUUCUCCUCCUCCUCCUCCUCACCCUCCUUCUCCUCCUCCUCCUCCUCCUCCUCCUCCUCCUCCUCCUCAUCCUUCUCCUCCCCCUCCUCCUCCUCCUCCUCCUCC